AUGGCCCGGCCUUCGUCCGAAUAUACAUACUGGACGACGAUUCCUGAUCAGAAGGACGGGAUAACCUCUUUAUCCUUCUCUCCAAGGGGGAAAUACUUAGCAAUCACUGGCUACGACGGGGUGUCUGUAUGGAAUGUGGGAGGACAGGAUAAAGUAACUGUGCCUGACUCUCGUGCUGAGUAUCGCGAGAAGCAUCUAUACACUCGCUCAGCAUGGUUGUUCUUCGUCGAGAAUAGCGUCGAGAUCUUGGUCCUAUGUUCCAAGCUCGGGGACGUGUUGUUAUGGACUUUCGACGAGACUAAGCAGGCGCGUGCUUGUUCAAGCUUCUGCCAUAUCGGCGCGACUGAGGUCGUGUCCUUGGACGUAUAUCAUGCCGAAGUCCCUGCCGACGAGUCUGCUCUCAUAGCUGCCGCCUUGACCAACGGCACUAUUGUUGUGUCGACUGUCACCGUCAACGCUGUUGUCCUCGAAAGAUUCAUCAUCACAUUAGACCAAGGCCGCUUUCCCCAACGCGUCAAGUUUGACCAACUCGGCCACACUCUCGUAGUUUUUGAUCGAGCUGGCGGUAUAAUGCAAGUCUCACGAUACGAUUGUGAAUCGGGUAUGAAGGUAGGCGUUAGGGAAGACGCGCCCCGACUCAUCGCUUCAGUCGCUUUCGAUCCUGUCGCACAACGCUAUGCAGCAUAUACAGGCCGAUCCAUCGAGAUCGUCUCCAUGAGCAGCGAUGUACCGCCAGUUUCGAUUCCUUGCGCGAACAGCAUCCUGUAUCCCAUGCAUCUAGCCUUUGGAGAGGGUAGCGAAGUCCUGCUGGCAGGAACAGACAACGGUCAUGCAGUGCUUUACGACGUCAACAACCCUUCCACGGUUCAGGUUCUGGACUACCCUAAAGGAGGACUAGUACAGCCUGUAGCGACAUGCACUACGGCGGAAGGCCAUAUACUGGCUUUUGCGGGGUCCAGCAUACUGAAGGCCACUGACAUCAUCAUUUAUAGGAAGAGAGCGCCGUUGCCGGGAUCAAGAAUGUCGAGGCGUUGCAUUGCUUGCUGCAAGGUAUUCCUGCCUUAUUGCAUUUACUGGGCUUGCAUGCUUGGCAUCUAUAUGUAUGGGUACUACGCGCAUAACGACGAAGGGGGAGGACAGUGA